CCACCCGCAGCAGUGCCGCCCGGCGCGGCCAUGGCGCGGCCCGGCCCCGGGCGCUUGGCGCUGGGGGUAGCGCUGGGCGCGGCGGCGGCCGCCGGGCUGGGCCUGCUUUGCCUGAUGCGGCUGCGACGCCAUCGGCACCGGCGGGGCAGCGGCUGGGGAGUGGAGGAGGUGGCGGCUGCAGGGCGCCAGAGCCAGGCGGUGCCCAGAGUGCCGGUUCCCGUGGAGGGGUCUGGUGAUGCUGUGUGCACCCCUCUGCUGAGGCAGGAGGAGCAGGCAGACGUGCUGGAGAGCCUGGACUUCGUGUUGAGAAACAUUUCGGAGCUGAGGAGAGAAGUGGAGGAGCUGCGGAACAGCCUGCAGUGCCUGGCUGCCGAGAUCGUGGGGGAGGUCAGGGCCCAUCUGGAAGAAACACAGAAAGUAUCUCGCCGGAGGCGGUUCCCAUUCCCUAGGGAAAGAAGCGAUUCCACAGGCUCCAGUUCCAUUUAUUUCACUGCCAGCUCAGCAGCAGCGAAUACAGAUGAUGGAGAAAGUGAAGGAGGGUACAGCACAGCCAACGCCGAGUCCGAUUACGACCGGGAGUCGGAGCGGGAGAGCGAAGAAGGGGAGGAUGAAGUGAGCUGUGAGACAGUGAGGACUGCACGACGGGAUUCCCUGGACCUCGUCAAUGAGGAUGACACACACUUAGUCUCAGAUUCCUCACUGGAGGAAGGUCUGGGGCAGCUACUGCAGCAGGCUGACCGCCUGCACAACGGGGAUGAGCAGGAGAGGAGAGAAGGCUUCCAGCUGCUGCUCAAUAACAAGCUGGUGUAUGCGGACCAGAAAGACUUCCUCUGGCGCCUGGCCCGAGCACACAGCGACAUGUGUGACAUGACAGAGGAUGCAGAUGAGAAGAGAUCCUAUGCUUCUGAUGGCAAAGAAGAGCUAGAAAUUGCCUUGCAGAAAUGGGACCAGUGUGCUGAGUGUCAUCAGUGGUACGCCGUUCUGUGUGGGCAGCUGUCGGAGCAUGAAAGCAUUCAGAAGCGCAUCCAGACUGGGUACGUUUUUAAGAAACACAUUGAUAAAGCAAUUGAACUGAAACCAGAGGACCCAAAGUCUUACUACCUUCUGGGCAGGUGGUGUUAUCAGGUUUCCCAUCUGGGAUGGCUUGAGAAGAAGACUGCUUCUGCUUUGUUUGAAGCACCCCCUACAGCCACUGUGCAGGAUGCACUGCAGAACUUCUUACGGGUUGAGGAGCUGAGCCCAGGAUUUUCCAAAGCAGGAAGAGUGUACAUUGCCAAGUGUUACAGGGACCUGGGGAACAAGACUGCAGCUGUCCUCUGGGUGAAUCUUGCUGCAGAGCUGCCAGCUAACACAAAAGAGGACGCAGAGAGCGAGAAGGAGCUUGAAGAGCUGCGCGCAGGCUGGGAGCAGUAAAGCCCUGAGAGCUCCUUCCCCUUGGGACUGCACUGACAGAGAAAAUUCCAGCUGGAGGGAUUCCAUGAGCCUGACAGCUCUGAUUGCACUCCGUGGAGACACCACAAGAGUUUACAGGAGAAACCAUGCGGCAGCUCCAGCAGGGUGGUGCAGCACCAAGACCUUGGUGUGGGCUUUCACCAGACUCGAGCUGUGUGUUCUCUCCCUUCUCACAGCACUGCAGGUGUCUGAUCUGAAAACCCCUGAAAAAUGGCAAAUUGAAUAAAAAACAAAACCAGAGUGGGGGAGGUGGAGGUGCAGGUAAAAGCUAUGAUGUAGAAGUGUUUGUGGGUAUGUAGCUCGGGCAUAGGGGUGAGGGAUACACACCUCUGUAUUUUGUAUCACAAGCUCUGCCCGCCUGAGCUUCAGCCUGGUGGCCUCUCCCUUGAGUCCUGAGGAGUCUUCAACCCUUUUUCCUUCUAUCAGUGGAUUGAUUCAUAUGGAGAUGCCUUUUUGCAGAGGAUGAGGUGAGCUCCAGUGGCAAGCCCUGUGCUCGGUGCUCAGCCUGCUGCUGGCAUUUACUGGCUUGAGGCACUGAAGGCAAGGGGAUGUUCCCACUGCCCUCAGCCUGUCCAUGCCAUCAGGCACAAAAGCUGUGCCUGGGAAGAAAAAAAAAGCCAAAAAGCCAAUUGCCAAAACAAAAAAGAGCAGCACACUAACUUAUAAGUGCUCAGCUCCUCCUUCCCUGCUGUGCAAGCACUGAUGGUGGUGUCUGAAACACCCUCCUGUGGGUCCUUCCCAGCUAUAUCUGAACUACCUUACUGGUUUUCCACUGGGGGAAGCCAGCACUGCUCACUGGAGUGAGGUAUUGCCAGGGACCAGCAAGAUUUCCUUCGCAGCACAAACUUUGUUUCCAAGAGGAUGCUUUUGUCAGAGAAGCAAGCAAUAGGAUUUUAAACUUGAGGCCUCCUCCCAGCAAUGCUUCUCCCUUCACUCCCUUGAGACUGCAAACUGCUGUCCCUCUAAACUGCCCUGCUGUGGUUAAAGAGGUGGUUAUUGAUCAGUGAAACACUGGGUACAGGACCAGGAAUGUCCUGUGGCAAAGCUGAUGCUUCCCUGCAAGGUUCCUCUGCCAAUUUUCUAUUCCUUGGGUGACACUAAAAAGGUGAAGCCAACAACUGACAUUUCCUCUGACAGCUGCUGGGUAGCAAAAGUCCUCUGUGCUGGGCACUGACAGAGAUGGGGAAGCAAAAAACUGCCCUCAGAAGUUUCCCUGAGCCUUUAGCAAGUCUCUGCUGCUGGUAGCCCUGCAGAUUGCAGCUGGCAGCUAACAGGAUGCUUAUUUUUUAAUGUUAGUUAUGUCCUGCCACUUUGUGUGGUGUCUGCAGUACAAAGGUGCAGGAGCAAAAUAUUCAUCAGUCACCUUUUUUUUUUUAGUCCCUGGCACAGGAGUGUUGAACUGGUGGAGUUUUACCUCGUGGAAAUCACACUGAAGGGGACAAUGUAGCAAACUUCCCCUUUGAUACAUCUGGCACUUUUUAGUUUGGGUUUGUGGUUUUUCUCUCCUUUUUUAUUUGACUCCAAAUCAAAGUCUCUGAAAUUUUGGUGCUGAUCUCAACUUAGGAGGAUCCAGGCAAGUGUGGGAUUUGCUUUCUUUGCAGUUGAAUCCUUAAGUUGAUCCCUGUGUUUCUGUGCAGUGCUCCUCUCACCAGGUGUGAUUAGUGGCUCUGUAAUUGGUGUUUAAUGUUUGCUCUUCUCUGAAUUCCUCACUGGAAUGACAAAGCUGCCUUCUCUCCUUGGUGCAAACUCUGCCUUGUUUGGAGUGUUUCCCCACUGGCUGCCCAUUUUCUCCUCCUAGAACAUCCAAGCUUUAAAUAUUUGCACCCAAAAUUGGCAUCCAGGCUUUAAAUAUUUGCUUUCAAUGUUUUUCUGCUCUGCUUUUUGUUCUGGUUUGUUUCUAAUUGCUUAAGCCAAGCUGGGAAAUUCCCAGCAGUGAUACCCAAAAGAUGCUAAUCCAGCAACUUGAUUUUUUUCAUGGAGGAUUUGCAGGGUUUGGGUUUUUUUUUUUGGGUGGGAGAUAAAUUCUAAUGGCUCUCAAAUCAGUCUUAGAGUGAGUGGUACUUACCUUGUCUUUCCCUGCCAGCAAGUCCAGGGUGAUAUUAGAGAGUGAUGUUUGCUAGGCUGUGUGUAGCUGCCUCCCAGAGGUGAGUGGUCUCAGGGUAUGAAACAGGAGGAGGGCACAGAGGAAGUGUUUGCACCAACAAAAGUCUUUGGCUUUCCUUGCUGACAGACUCCUCCAAGCCUUCUUUGUCAAGGCAGAAGCUGUUCAGAGGGGCCUCUGGAUUCUGUCAUUGCUGGAGACAACUUUCCCUCUGUCUUUCCAAAGAUUUAGAUUCUUCUUAAUUCUUUUUUCUGGGGGAGAGAGUAAUGGCUGUUUGAAAACAACCUCCUGCUGUAGGGGGUUGAGGGACCCAGUGCCCAUUUGCUGUUCCUUUCCUCUGUGCUGGCUUUGGUGUGAGGGUUCAAUCCCAUUUAUGUUAAGUCUCUAGGAGGAGGAUGCACAUUUUGUUACUUUGUUCAUUGAGGUGGCUGGCAGCAGCUCUCCAGACAAAGCAGCCUCUGUUGAAGUCCUCACACAGCAGUGCUGUAGAAACCCAACUUUGGGUUACAGGUAGCAGAGCCUGUUCAGGAGCUGAUACCAAGCCCCUUUUUCUUCUGACCAAUUGAAUCUGCAUUCCAUUUCCUUGAGGGGUUCUUCUGGACUUAACCUGGGGUGAGGAGGGAAUAAUUACUGGAGCUACUCUUGUCUCAGCUUUAGUUUCUGGAGCUACUCUUGUCCUAACUUCAAGCCAUCCCUCCCUGUGACAAAACUGUGGCACUAGAGAAUGCCUGAAGCUGUGUAAUUUAUCCUGAGUGAACUACUCAGUGUGAACUCGAGGAGUUGUAAACCAUCAGUGUGUUCCUGCAUUGCUCUCCUGCUUUUUAUGGCAGCACAUAACCAGCACCUCACCUGAGAGGCAGGUGAAGAAUCUUCUGUGUCACCUCUCUGUGCUGGCAGUGGCUGUACCAAAUGCCAGGGGAACUGAUGGGGCAGCCACAGACGCUGUAGUUCCUGUGGUCAGAAGGUGGGUUAGGGGUUCCACCAGCAGCAGCUGGUGUGUGGCAGAGCAGCCACUACUGCUUGUGUUUUCAGGGUGCACCAAAGUCCCCACAGCUCUGCAGCACACGAUGGCCUCAACAAGAUGGUUUUAAAUAAAGGUGGAUGAGGA